UGUUACCACGUUUCUGACUUUCAAGCUCUUUCUCUCCUUUCACUCCAUCUGUCUGUAUUAGAUAACAUACUCAAGAACCAUCUAGGAGUAUUAAACCAUCAUUUUUCUCUUUCUGCAUCUGUUGGAAGAUCUAUUUGUUGCCUACAUUGAAGAUUUUUAAUUCAAGUGUCAAAAGGUGAGCUGUGAAUGUGUUCUCACACAAGCCGGGCAGCUUCACUAAGGCAACAACGAAACAAACGAAUGAAUGAAGACUGUCUGACCUUGGGAUACUACCUAACUACAUUUAGAGACUUUUGACUUUUGCUGGUUUCUCUUUAUCCCACAGUGGCUUGUAAUACUUGGAGAAAGUGGUUAGCAUGGGUGGCUUAAUGGCUUAAACCAAAGCAAGCCAUUAACGAGUUUGGACGCGGAGUUAUCCAUUUACCUGACCAAUGGCAAUCAGGGGGAGUGUACAGAUUGUGUUUACAGAGCUUGACCUUACAGACAGUGUUCUUUGGAGGAUUGUUAAGUGUUCUAUAAUCUAAAAUGGAGCUACAGAAAAUGUCCGACGGCCAACAUGACAAAAUCGCAGAGAAUGGAUUUGAUGCCCUUGAAUUGGAACAACACAAAAUGUCAAACGGUCACUAUGAUCUCAGCCUUGACAGAAUCCCAGAGAAUGGAUUUGAUGCCCUUGAAAUGGAACAACAGAAAAUGUUAAAUGGUCACUAUGAUCUCAGCCUUGAUAAUGGAUUUGAUGCCGUUGAAUUGGAACAACACAAAAUGUCAAAUGGUCACUAUGAUUUGAACACUGACAGAAUCCCAGAGAAUGGAUUUGAUCACCUUGAAAAAAUAACAGAGGGUGAUACCUUCCUCUCCAGUAAGACUCAGUUUACAGAUUCUGAGGGAAAGACUUCUUUCGGAAUGUCUGUUUUCAACCUCAGUAACGCGAUUAUGGGCAGUGGGAUUCUGGGACUGGCUUAUGCCAUGGCCAAUACCGGAAUCAUCCUUUUUGUAUUCCUAUUGAUAUUCAUCGCUAUUCUCUCCGCCUACUCCAUACAUCUGCUUCUGAAAAGUGCAGGAGUGGUUGGCAUCCGUGCAUAUGAGCAGCUCGGGUACCGUGCAUUUGGUCGACCUGGGAAAAUCUUAGCAGCAUGCAUUAUAACACUGCACAACGUUGGAGCAAUGUCCAGUUACCUGUUUAUUGUGAAGAUAGAGUUACCUCACAUUAUUCAGGGACUUGUGGAACUGCCAGAUAAAUUAGAUAACAUGCCCUGGUAUGUUGAUGGGAGGUAUCUCAUCGUUAUCGUUAGUGUCUUGGUCAUUUUUCCCCUGGCAAUGAUGAAACGACUUGGCUAUCUUGGCUACACCAGUGGUUUCUCUCUCAGCUGCAUGGUCUUCUUCCUCAUAUCUGUCAUCUACAAGAAGUUUUCCACACCUUGUCCUUUAGAAGAAAAACACAGCUUUAACGAAACAGUACACAAUCAAAGCAUACACAACUCUACCGAUGACAUGUGUGAAGCCAAACUUCUAACCAUCAACCCAGCGACUGCUUUUACCAUUCCCAUUAUGGCAUUUGCUUUUGUGUGUCACCCUGAAGUGUUGCCAAUUUACACAGAACUCAAAAAUCCAAGCAAGAAACGCAUGCAAAACGUUGCUAAUAUCUCAAUUAUGGCCAUGUUUGUCAUGUACCUGCUGACUGCCAUCUUUGGCUACCUCACCUUCUAUGGAAAUGUGCAGUCAGAGCUUCUGAAGAUGUACAGUAAAAAAGACACCUUGAUGCUGUGCGUUCGUCUGGCUGUGCUGAUAGCAGUGACGCUGACCGUUCCCGUGGUCCUCUUCCCGAUUCGUCGUGCCAUCUUGCAGCUUUUUUUCUCUGAUAAGCCUUUCAGUUGGGUGCUUCACAUCUUCAUCGCUGUGUCCCUACUCAUCUUUGUCAACCUGCUCGUCAUCUUGGUGCCCAGCAUUCGUGACAUCUUCGGCUUCAUCGGUGCCACAUCUGCUCCCAGCCUCAUUUUCAUUCUGCCAGGAAUAUUCUACAUUCGCAUUGUUCCUGAAGAAGAGGUGCCGUUGAAAUCUCGGCCAAAGAUCCAGGCAUUUGCAUUUGUGGUACUGGGUUUCAUCUUCAUGAUUAUGAGCAUAACGUUCAUCACAGUUGAGUGGAUGACCAGAGGGACGGCAUCGGGUGGCCACUGAAAGAGCACAACUGGAUUCCAACACUUAAAGACCAAAUCUAAUACAGAUCACAAACUCCUAAACCUGCAACCUCUGAACCAGGUUUAAUAUCAUUCAAAUAAGAAAACUCACUCAUUUCAGUAUGUCCAAAAUGAAAAAGGGCUCGUUACCUAAAUUCAAGAAGAAUGCAAAGAAGAGCGGUAAGGUUAGAGCUAUGAUGCUCUACUGACAGUUUGAAAAUAUUUUAUAAAUGCAUUUUUAAUGAAAGACAAUUUUAUAUGCAAAGGUAUUGCUGUUAUAACUGGCAGAUGGAUCUUCCUAACUACACAAAACUGGUGCAAAAACUGUGAAACUGAGAUGAGAAUUUACUCAUCUGUAUUGCCAAAGUUGUCAACAUGCAGUUUGAAAUCUACCUCCUACUACAGAGAGAAAUUUUACAGUGACAGAGUUCUGUUUUUAUAGCUCACAGUGCAUAUUUUGGGGUGUUUCAUAAGUAAAAAAAACAUUAGAAAAAGUGAAACGUUAGAAUCUGAUGAUCCUUAACAAAUUCAUUUUAUCAUUAUUAUAUUUUUUAUCCUUAAGCUAAUUCUUACACAUUCUAUUUCCAGAGUUAAAUUAGUUUUUGAAUCCCAGCAAUUCAAUUUGUUCUCAAACCUUUUGACCCCACUGUAUGUGAAUUUGAGUUAAUGUCAUUUUUGAUGAAUGAUAAGCGGUCCUAUCAUUCAGCAGUUCUGCAAAUAGUUUCUAACAUUGUUUAAAUAGGACCAAUGUACAGUUUCGUGAUGAAUUUUAGCAUUAUGUUUAAGCACAAUGCUUCAAUGUCAGAGGAAGAAACUGAAGUAAAUGUAUUGGUACUUUUUUGUCUUGUUACAUCAUCGAAGAGAUGAAAUCUGCAUUACGAGUUGUCUUACAACACACCAAUAGUGUUUAGUAAAGUUCUCAGCACCGUUAUACAACAACAUUUCUUUACUCCGUUUUAGAGAGGACAAGGAAUAUAGAUGUCUGAAUACUAAUUAUCUAGUAGUAUUCAAGUAACACACAACACCGUUGGUCAUUUUUCAUGUUGUAUGUCAUUUUUGUUUGUUGGAAAUACUUCUUGAACAUCUGCGCAUACUUGUAACAAACUUGAAAAAUGUUGUUGGAAUAAUUUAUUUCUGGUUUACAUGGUGACCUGUUGUCUUUCAGUAACAAAAAAAUCCACUCCAGAAAUGGGUCGGACAAUGAAUGAUGUUGAUCAUUUCAUGCGAAAUGUCACUACAGCAUAACACAGCUUUGAUGGGAAAGCAGAAUUCAUCAACAAUACACGCGUUGAGAUGUUUCUGUGGUCAUACUAUGCAUACUAAUAUCAGUAUCUAUGAGUUUAUUUGGAUCAGGACUAAAAUUGUUUCUUGCUGGACUUUACAAUUACUUUAUCAAUAAUGUCAACAUGUAUGUUUGUUUUGUAUAGUCUUUUAAGUACAUUUUGUGUGUGUGUGAAAUGGAAGAAACGUUCCAUUAAUUGUACAUCUGUGUACAUAUUCUGUACAUAUUAUGCAGACUUUUUAUGUUCACAUUGGACCCGAAUGGUGAGCGAAAAAUGAAACAUGUAAUGCUUAACAGAUCAAUUACUGGGAAGUUUUUUUAAUAGAAUUACAUUUAAAUUAAUUCCUAUUUCCCCAUGAUUGUUUUUAUAAAGUGCCUGACAUAAAAUCAGUGAAAACAACUGUAGCACUCCACAGUGGUUACUGUUCAGAAAUACUUGUAUUUAUUGUUGAACAAAUUGGUCCUGAAUAAAAAGUUUAUGAAA